ACGCAGACCACCCCCACCCCCACCAUGCUGCUGCCCACUCCCUGCAGGCCGUUCACCUGACCACCCCCUCGUACCCUCCACACCAGUGCUCCCAGUCCACCCACAGCAGCCGCAGCAUGGACGCCACCGCUGGGGACAGAGACGCCAUUUAUGGACAUCCUUUAUUCCCUCUGCUCGCUCUGAUUUUUGAAAAAUGUGAGCUGGCGACCUGCACGGCUAGAGAGAGCGGCGUGGCCGGGGGAGACGUCUGCUCCUCGGACUCCUUCAACGAGGACAUCGCCGUCUUCUCCAAGCAGAUCCGAUCACAGAACCCUUUGUUCUCAUCAAACCCAGAGCUCGAUCAUCUGAUGAUUCGGUCGAUACGAGUCUUUCGCUUCCAUGUGCACGAGCUGGAGAAGGUUCAUGAGCUUUGUGAUCAUUUCUGCCAUCGAUAUAUCAGCUGUCUGAAAGGGAAGAUGCCGAUCGAUCUGGUUAUUGAUGAGAGCGACGGAACCAACAGCGAGGACUUCAUCAGGACGUCACGGAACCACCUGGACCAGAUUUCAUGGAGCAGAGAUCACGAUGACUCGGCAUCGAACCAUUCCGGCGGGACACCGGGACCGUCCAGUGGACACACGUCUCACAGCGGCGACAACAGCAGUGAACAAGGUGACCGUCUGGAUAACGAUGCAGCGUCUCCCAGCGACAACGACGACUCUGACAAAUUGCACAACAAGAAGAGAGGAAUCUUCCCUAAGGUGUCCACGAACAUCCUGAGAGCCUGGUUGUUCCAGCACCUGACGCACCCGUACCCGUCGGAGGAGCAGAAGAAGCAGCUGGCUCAGGACACCGGCCUCACCAACCUGCAGGUGAACAACUGGUUCAUCAACGCCAGGCGGCGAAUCGUCCAGCCCAUGAUCGACCAGUCCAACAGAUCAGGUUCCACAUUUCAUACGUUUGGUCACAGGCACAUGAAUCUAUGGAAAAACGAAUUCUCUGUGCAGAAUCAAAUGUCCCUCUGCCCCCGCAGCAUUAGCUCCACACAAAGAUGCUAA